CAUCUUCUACUACAUCAAGCAAUGGCUGGAAUGAGGUUCAACUCCACCCCUGCGGUCAUAGUCGCCGCUUGCGUUCUGGCAUCCUACCAGACCGGCGUCCAAUCUCGCCACCUUCGCUCGCUUGCUAUCGAUUCCACCCGGGAUUACACCCACCUGGGCUGCUUCGUGGACAAGAAGAGCGACCGGGUGUUAGGGAACAAGCUUGCCGAUGAGGAAGUCGACACCGAGUUCUGCUACGACUACUGCGAGGAACAGAACGCGCCCUUGAUGGCUACCCAGUGGGGGAUCGAGUGCUGGUGCGCCAACGAGGUUGACUUGGAUUACGAGCGCCACGGAGAGGCCGGAGAGUUGUGCGACUACAAAUGCGGGGGAGACAAUAAAGAAAUUUGCGGCGGCUACAAUGCCUUCGACUUGUACGUGAUCGAGUCGUUGACCACCAUCGAUAUCGACGACGGUCCGUCGCCCACCCCGGUCGUUGACGAACCCGAACCCACACCCCCGCCCGUGCAGGAGGAGGAAAGUGACGGCCGGCCGGACGGCGCUAUGAACGACGACAUCGUGAAGAUCAUCGAAGUCCCUGGCGCCACCCCCGGCGGCGCCGGCUGGGCCGACAGCUACUCGGUCGGAAGCAAGUGCUACAUGUCGACCACGUUCGACCACGGCAUCGGAGAGGAAGUCGUGGACACCCCGAUCGGCGAGAUGAAGAUCAGGGACCUUUACGAUAUGCUGCAGGCGGGGCCCGGAUCUGCCGGCCGCCCUCUCUACAACGACAUCCAGUGCGGAAAUGGCCCCGCGAACGACGCUGCUGACGAGACCGAGUGCCCCGGGCUGGUGACGGAAGGCGAAGCGGGCUGCGGCCAGAUCGGUCCCAAGUGGGACCUUUCGGAGCUCGUCGAGACGUGA